GGAGCAGAUGGUGAUACCAUGGGUGAUGAUUGCUCUCAGAAGCUGGCGACUGUGAAUAUUCUUCGUUUCCUAUUGCUGGUCCUGAUUCCAUGUAUCUGUGCUCUCAUUGUCCUGCUGGUGAUCCUGCUGUCCUUUGUUGGAACAUUAAAAAAAGCCUAUUUUAAAUCAAACGGGAGUGAACCUUUGGUCACUGAUGGUGAAGUCCAUGUGUAUGAUGUUAUUCUUCCAAGUACAACUCAUAACGAGAGCACCGGGACAUCUACUGCCAAUCCCACCCAACACAUUCCAGCCUGGACUAUGGAGGCUUCUCUCCCAGGGGACCAAAAUCACAGGAGCACAAGUGCCUGCAUGAACAUCACUCACAGCCAGUGUCAGAUGCUGCCCUACCACACCACGCUGACACCUCUCCUCUCUAUUGUCAAAAACAUGGAAAUGGAGAAGUUCCUCAAGUUCUUCAUGUACCUCCAUCGCCUUGGUUGCUAUCAACAUAUCAUGCUUUUUGGCUGCAGCCUUGCCUUCCCCGAGUGCAUCGGUGAUGGUGAUGACAGUCAUGGACUCCUGCCCUGUAGGUCCUUCUGUGAGUCUGCAAAAGAGGGCUGUGAAUCAGUCCUGGGGAUGGUGAAUGCCUCCUGGCCCGAAUUCCUCAAAUGCUCCCAGUUUAGAAACCAAAGUGAAAACAACAAUGUCAGCAGGAUUUGCUUCUCACCACAGCAGGAAAAAGAAAAGCAAUUGAUCUGCGGAGGGGGUGAGAGCUUUCUGUGUGCCAGUGGCAUCUGUGUCCCCAGGAAACUGCUGUGUAAUGGCUACAACGACUGUGGCGACUGGAGUGACGAGGCUCAUUGCAAUUGCAGCGAGAGUCUGUUUCACUGUCACACGGGCAAGUGCCUUAAUUAUAGCCUGGUAUGUGAUGGAUAUGACGACUGUGGGGAUCUGAGUGAUGAGCAAAACUGUGACUGCAACCCCACAGAGGAGCAUCGCUGUGGAGAUGGACGCUGCAUUGCCAUAGAGUGGGUGUGUGACGGUGACCAUGACUGUGGGGAUAAGUCUGACGAGGUCAAUUGCUCAUGUCACAGCCAGGGUCUGGUGGAAUGCAGAAGUGGCCAGUGUAUCCCCAGCACUUUCCAGUGUGAUGGAGACGAGGACUGUAAGGACGGAAGUGAUGAGGAGAGUUGCACCAAUGGUCAGACUCCGUGUCAAGAAGGAGAUCAAAGAUGCCUCUACAGUUCCUGCCUUGAUUCAUGUGGUGGUAGCUCUCUUUGUGAUCCCAGCAACAGUCUGAAUAAUUGUAGUCAGUGUGAACCAAUUACGUUGGAACUCUGCAUGAAUUUGCCCUACAACCAUACAAAUUAUCCAAAUUACCUCGGCCACAGGACUCAAAAGGAGGCAUCCAUCAGCUGGGAGUCUUCUCUUUUCCCUGCACUUGUUCAAACCAACUGUUACAAAUACCUCAUGUUCUUUGCUUGCACCAUCUUGGUACCAAAGUGUGACAAGAAUACAAGCCAGCGUAUCCCUCCUUGCAGAGCUCUGUGUGAGCAUUCCAAAGAACGCUGUGAGUCUGUUCUUGGGAUUGUGGGCCUACAAUGGCCAGAAGACACAGAUUGCAAUCAAUUUCCAGAGGAAAAUUCAGACAGUCAAACCUGUCUAAUGCCUGAUGACGAUGUGGAAGAAUGCUCACCUAGUCACUUCAAGUGCAGCUCAGGACGGUGUGUUCUGGCUUCCAGAAGAUGUGAUGGCCAGGCUGACUGUGAUGAUGAUAGUGAUGAAGAAAACUGUGGAUGUAAAGAGAGAGAUCUUUGGGAGUGUCCAUCUAACAAGCAAUGUUUGAAGCACACAGUCAUCUGUGAUGGGUUCCCAGACUGCCCUGAUAACAUGGAUGAAAAAAAUUGCUCAUUUUGCCAAGAUGAUGAGCUAGAAUGUGCAAACCACGAGUGUGUGUCACGUGACCGGUGGUGUGACGGCGAAGCCGACUGCAUAGACAGUUCCGACGAAUGGGACUGUGUGACCCUCUCUGCAAAUGUGAACUCCUCGUCAUUCCUGACCGCUCACAGAUCUGCCAUGGAACACCACGUGUGUGCGGAUGGCUGGCAGGAGACGUUGAGUCAGCUGGCCUGCAAGCAGAUGGGUUUAGGAGAACCAUCUGUGACCAAGGUGAUACAGGAACAGGAGCGAGACCAGCAGUGGCUGACAUUGCACUCCGACUGGGAAAGCCUUAAUGGGACCACUUUGCAUGAACUACUGGUAAAAGGGCAGUCCUGUCACAGCAGAAGUAAGAUUUCUCUUCUAUGUACUAAACAAGACUGUGGGCGCCGCCCUGCUGCCCGAAUGAACAAGAGGAUCCUUGGGGGUCGGACGAGUCGCCCAGGAAGGUGGCCCUGGCAGUGUUCCCUGCAGAGUGAACCCAGUGGUCACAUUUGUGGCUGUGUCCUCAUUGCCAAGAAGUGGGUUCUGACAGUCGCCCACUGCUUCGAGGGGAGAGAGAAUGCUGCCGUUUGGAAAGUGGUGUUUGGCGUCAAUAAUCUAGACCACCCAUCAACGUUCAUGCAGAUGCGCCUCGUGAAAACCAUCAUCCUGCAUCCUCGCUACAGUCGAGCAGUGGUAGACUAUGACAUCAGCAUAGUGGAGCUAAGCGAGGACAUCAAUGAAACGAGCUACGUCCGGCCCGUCUGCUUACCCAGCCCGGAGCAGUCAUUAGAACCUGAUACUUACUGCUAUAUCACAGGCUGGGGACACAUGGGCAACAAAAUGCCUUUUAAGCUGCAAGAGGGAGAAGUCCGCAUCAUUUCUCUGGAGCAGUGUCAGUCCUACUUUGACACUAAGACCAUCACCACCCGGAUGAUCUGUGCCGGCUAUGAGUCUGGCACGGUUGACUCGUGCAUGGGUGACAGUGGUGGGCCUCUGGUCUGUGAGCGGCCUGGAGGACAGUGGACAUUAUUUGGCUUAACUUCAUGGGGCUCUGUCUGCUUUUCCAAAGUCCUGGGACCUGGAGUUUAUAGCAACGUGACGUACUUUGUCAAAUGGAUUGAAAGACAAAUAUACAUCCACGCCUUUUUCCUAAACUAA